AUGCGUGGUCUGGGCUGCUCGAUAAGCAAAACAGGACUGAAGAAGUCAACCCCUACCCGUUCAAAGCUACAUAAUAUGGCAAAAGAAAGAGAAGGCCUAGCGCAGGAGAUAUUAGAGAUAAAGAAAUCAUUGAUUGAUAUAAAGUCCUGGGUGGGUAUGCAUCAAGAGGCACAGUCUGGUCAAAACCUCCCAUCACCACCAGUGGCUAAAUCUACUCAGGGAUCAUCGGCUGGUAGAUUUGCUCGCAUAUGUUGGCAUAUGGCCUUACAAUUCUUAGAGGCACUUGUUGUCCUCAUGCAUGAUAUGGGUCCAAACUGGGAGCUGAUAAGUGAUGCUAUCAACAGUACCCUGCAGUUCAAGAUAUGUCAGAGCCAGAAUGACAUGAGCAAGGUGCUUGGAGACCAAUCUUUCGUGUCAUCUAUUCUUGCUUCGCUUCCUGGAGUUAACCCUAAUGAUCCUUCAGUUAAGGAUUUGCUGGUAUCUCUCCAAGGUCAAACAGAGCAAAAGAAAGAUGAAGAUAAGCCACCAAGCGAGGGCGAAAAGUGA